AUGACCUUUAAAGCUACGGGAUUUGGGAUAAGGCAUUUGCAAUGCUUUCUACUCUUUGGCGCUCUGUCUGUCGGCUACGCCUUACGUGUGAAUCUCUCAGUAGCAAUUGUUGCUAUGACGGAUAAAAAUGCCACCAAUCCUGAUUUUAUGGAAUACGAUUGGUCAGAAAAAACGAAAUCACUUCUACUGAGUAGUUUCUUUUGGGGCUAUAUUUGUACACAGAUACCAGCGGGUCAAUUAGCACGUAAAUUUGGUCCAAAAGUAAUGCUACUGUGGGGUUUGUUGCUUGCUUCAGUAUUAACGGUUCUAACACCUUUGAUCACUCAUAUUGGUAAUUGGCAGCUUUUAUUUUUUAUGCGUGUUCUGCAAGGACUAAGUCAAGGAGUAGUGUAUCCUUCAGUUCAUACAAUUCUCUCAAAAUGGUCACCACCCGACGAGCGUGGACAAUUAAGCACCUAUUGUUAUUCAGGCACACAAUUCGGUACAGUAGUGAUGUUGGCUAUUAGUGGUUAUCUAGCUUCAUCAUUUUUGGGUUGGCCAAGUAUAUUUUAUGUAUCGGGUGGUAUUGGCAUAUUAUGGGUUGUUGCAUGGAAAGUAUGGGGUGCAAAUUCACCAAGCGAGUACAAGUCUAUAUCUGCAGAGGAAAAAAAAUUCAUUCAAACAUCAUUAGAUGCGGAUAGCAAUUCUAAAGAAAACGCUAAGCCUGCAAAGAUACCAUGGGCUCAAUUUUUCACAUCAGUGCCGUUUUUAGUGUUGAUAUUAGUGCACAGUACGCAAAAUUGGGGUUUCUGGACUUUGUUGACUCAAAUACCUUCGUAUAUGAAAAAUAUACUCGGUAUGGACAUCAAGAGUAAUGCGCUGUUAUCUGCUUUGCCUUACACAGUCAUGUUGCUGCUAAGUUUUGUGUUCUCUAGCAUUUCUGCACUGUUAAAUAAAAAGAAAUACUUGAAGAGAUCUGUGAGUCGUAAAUUGUUUAACACAAUUGGUCACUGGAUACCAAUGAUAUCCUUAGUAGCGUUCGGAUACGUAGGACCUGACAAACUUGGAUUAGCAAUUUUUCUAUUAACAAUCACUGUGGGCAUUAAUUCGGCUACAUAUCUGGGCUAUCAGGUUAAUCACAUCGAUUUAUCGCCUAACUAUGCUGGUGUGUUAAUGGGCAUCACCAAUUGUAUAUCCAAUAUUGUUAGUCUAAAGGCACCACUAGUCGUUGGCUUUAUUGUUACAAAUGAGAAAAGUGCUGAACAGUGGCGUAUUAUAUUUUUUAUUGCUGCAUUUUUUUACUUAAUUGGAAAUUUAUUGUUCAUAAUUUUCGGCAGAACAAGCGUGCAACCAUGGAAUAAUCCAACAGAGACCCCAAAGCAAAAUAAUUCAACCCCUGCUGAAUAAAAGUUUUGACAAUAAAAAAGAAUACUCCGAAUUUCAAUAUCGCCGUAAGCUAGUCUAAGAAGUAAAAACUAUUAAUUUUUUAACAAAUAAUUAUUGUGAUUUAGCUGUAAUUUAGA